AUGUCUCAAAAAGUAAAGGCAACAAAGAGCAAGAAAGAAGAAUCUAGUAGCAAAAAGUCUGAUGGCAGCCAGAACAACGAAAAAAUGCUAGCGCCCAAACCCAAGUCAUCUUCUACGGGCAAAAGUCCAAGGAAAAGAAAAUCUGAGGGCUCUGCUAUGGAAAAAUCAAAAGCAGUAUCUGAGGCAAGUAGUAGUGAAAGCUCGGAUGUUGAUGCCAAGAAGAGAAAGAAACAAAAGAAAGAGGAUGCUGUAGGUGGAAGUCUCCAAGAUGCAUUGAAGAAGUCUCGUCUGUCUGCUGCUGCCUCUGUUUCAGACUUUAAAUUUAACAAGAAGAGGGUGCGGUUGGUGUCUGUCGAAGAAAACCUGAAAGAUGAUGCCGAGGGCAUAGUCUAUUGGAUGUCAAGAGAUCAGAGAGUUGAAGACAAUUGGGCUUUUCUAUACGCUCAGCGCUUGGCUGUGAAGCAGAAGCUACCAUUACAUGUAGCUUUCUGCUUGGUUCCAAAGUUUUUAGAAGCCACAAUACGUCAUUAUGGUUUUAUGCUGAAGGGUCUUAAAGAAGUUGCUGAGGAUUGUAAAGCGUUAAACAUUCCUUUCCAUUUGCUCAUUGGUUAUGCUAAGGAUGUUCUUCCAGACUUUGUGAAGGAGCACAGCAUUGGUGGAGUAGUAACGGACUUUGCUCCUCUUCGUGUCCCCAUGCAGUGGGUGAAGGAUGUCUCUGAACGCUUACCUAAAGAUGUACCGCUAGUUCAGGUAGAUGCCCAUAAUAUUGUGCCCUGCUGGAUUGCCUCUAUCAAACAAGAGUAUGGAGCUCGAACCAUACGCAAAAAAAUACAUGAUCAACUUUCUCAGUUUCUCACUGAAUUCCCUCCCGUUAUCAAGCAUCCGUAUAAUUCCAUGUUUAAGGCAAAGCCUGUGGAUUGGAAGGAGUGCUAUGCCAGUUUGGAAGUGGAUCGCACAGUCAAGGAAGUAGAAUGGGCAAAACCUGGGUCAAAGGCAGGAGUGGACAUGCUCCAAUCAUUUAUAACACAACGCCUAAAGUCUUUUAACUCUGAUCGAAACAACCCAAAUCAGCAGGCUCUUAGUAAUCUUUCACCUUGGUUCCACUUUGGUCAGCUGUCUGUGCAGAGAGCAAUUCUGGAGGUACAGAAGUAUCGCAGCAAGUACAAAGAAUCUGUGGACAGUUUUGUGGAGGAAGCCAUAAUCAGGAGAGAGCUGGCAGAUAACUUCUGUUAUUACAACAAGAGCUAUGACACAGUGGAAGGUGCUUACGACUGGGCAAAGAACACGCUAAAAGUUCAUGAAAAAGACAAAAGAACUCAUAUAUACAGCCUGGAAAAACUGGAAAGUGGGAAGACUCAUGAUCCAUUGUGGAAUGCAGCACAGUUGCAGAUGGUUCACGAAGGAAAGAUGCACGGCUUCCUUCGUAUGUAUUGGGCUAAGAAAAUCCUUGAGUGGACUAAUUCUCCAGGGGAGGCUCUUAAAUUUGCCAUUUAUCUUAAUGAUCGGUAUGAACUGGAUGGGCGGGACCCUAAUGGAUAUGUAGGCUGUAUGUGGUCGAUUUGUGGAAUCCAUGAUCAGGGCUGGGCAGAGAGGGCUGUUUUUGGCAAAAUCCGAUACAUGAACUAUCAAGGGUGCAAGAGGAAAUUUGAUGUGGCUCAAUUUGAACGACGCUAUCAUCCCAAGAACUUUGCUUAA